UCCAUCAUUAUGUUGCGAUUGCUGGUGCUGUUGGUGUUGCUGAUGCUGUUGGUGUUGCUGAUGAUGAUGUUGCUGCUGUUGCUGCUGUUGCUGGUAUUGUUGCUGCUGCUUUUUUUGAGACUUAGUGUUGGCACCGUCCUUCUGCGGUGGUUGUGGUGGCAUCUGUGCCUGGGGAGGAGCGCCCGUCUCCCAUUGCUCAUCACUGGCCCAAUCUCCGUUACUAUUUUGAGGAUCGUUGGACGCCCAGGCGUUCAGAUCCUCUGGGGCAUCGCCGGCCUCAUGUGUCUGCUCCCAAGAAUCCUCAUUAAGGUCUCCGGCGUCCAUACCACCGAAUCCACCAAAAUCAUCCUCCUCUUCCUCGAUCGUGUCUAUGGUCAUUACCCGGGGAGGAGGCAGUGCAAGUGGCGGGGGAGGUGGUGGGGGAGCAGGAGGAGGUGCACUAGGUGCAGCACUGGGAGUCUCCUUCUGCUUGCCCUUCUUGUUAUUCUUGGGCAUCUUACCCCACACGAACUACGUAGAUUGUGAGACUCGUGUUUGGUGACGCACUUGCACGCGUGAAGACAAGAAAUGAAAGGCUCGAGGAUGCCGUUCGGUUGAACCAAGUAAAUGAACAAGAUCGGGGCAAAAUUUCCAAAUGGCGUAGAUCGAUGAAUUGAUUCUCGGGUGAAGAUAUAAGUGGGAGAUAGACGGAAUUACUUUGAUUGUGCCAGACACGCGCCAACCGUCCAUCCGG